AUGAGCGAAAACACAGAAUAUACGCCAAAUGAUAGAGAGGUAGUUUCUACUGUUAUUGAGAUAUGGAAGACUAAUCCAGGUAGCGAGAAUUUAGGAAAUGCUAAAUUACAUGCUUUUGUUAAACAGGAUCAUCCAAAUUGGUCACUUUCAGCCAACAGAUUAAAAAAUCUACUGAAAACUUUUGGUUUACAAACGAAUGUGACACCUUUCCAGUAUGCUAGUGAAAUUACAAGUCAUGCUACUCCUGACUUACAGUUUCCAACUGGUGUCAAGUUGAUUGUUACGAAGGCAAGAGGCAAAGCGUUAUAUACUAGUAAGGCAUUUAAAGCUGGUGAAGAGAUCUGGAGUGAACCUCCACUUGUAUUGGUAUCACCUUUAGAUCAUGUCGUGCUGAUGAGAAAAUGUCUUGCUUGUGCUUACUGUUCCCGACCUUUUCAAGCUCGAUCGACCGCUGGUGGACCAGGUGGGGUGCCUCGAGGUGGCUCUGAGUGUAAUGUUUGUCCGGCUCGCUUCUGUAAUGCGAAAUGUAAGAAGAGCGAUACCAUUCAUACUGCUUUAUGGCACAAUAGUGCUCAUUCGAAAACUAUAAAAUAUGCUCAGUGGCAAUUAUAUGAACAAUAUUGUUUGGAGAACCAAUGGAUGGCUGCAUAUGCUUACGGAAUCAUCUUAGUAUCUAUUAUUCGAGACCCAUCUAAGCAGCUUCAAAGUCAGAUUGAAGCCAUGGCUAGGGUUCGCCAGGAUGUGCGUCAAAAAGCAGUUCAAAAUAGCACUAGUAUGGGACUUGACGGUCUAGACGGUGAACAUUAUGAGCAACUUUGGAAGAGGGGGUUCGAGCUACUGAAAGAGGCUGUGAAAGGUGGAUACGACUUGACUUACGAAGAGUAUCUGUAUGGCCUUGGAAUGUAUAACAUUAAUAAUCUCGAUGGAAAUGUUUAUCUGACUCAGUCACAUUUGAAUCACUCGUGUGAUCCCAAUGUUGAUGUUCAGAUUACGGGACGUACUACUGGCGUCAAAGUGAUUGCUAAACGUGAUUUGAGAGCUGGCGAGGAGUUGUUCACAACUUAUGUUAACCCUUCAGAUGACCUGGAUAAAAGACGGUAUGAUUUGCGAGUAAACUGGGGAUUUAUUUGCAACUGUGCCCGCUGUAAAUAUGAAGAAAAGGAGAAGGCGAACCCCACACCUGAGACUCGUCCUAGAAGAAAGUCAGUCAGGUUCGAGUCUGUAGUUGAUGUAAUCUAA